AUGAGCUACGGAGAAAUUAGAAAUGAAACAUAUAUAAGAGUUUUCCAAGAGUAUUUUAACAAAUAUCCAAACCCACUAUCAGACGAACAUAAAAUAAAACUUCAAGAGAAACUUAAAGAAUUUGAUCAACGAAUUGAAGAAUUUAAAAGAGAAUAUAGAGAACAAGUCUUCAACUAUAUUGAAGAAGAAGAAAUAAACUCAGGAGACCUAACUGACAAAGAAAUAACAACAUAUUUAGUAUACUCAUUAGUAAUAGCAGACAGACCAAGAGUCAAAACAACAGCAAUAACAGAAUUUGAACCACCAAAGAAUUUAGAAAGGCUAACAUCCUUAAUAUCAGAAUAUGACAGAGAUAUUGGAAAAUAUAGAGAUUGGAGAAACCAAUUAGAAAACACAUUCAAAGCAUUAAGGUUAGGAGACUUAAUUAUAUUUGGAAGAUAUUCCGAAACAUCUAAAAAAGAAUACACACUAAGAGGAAGAGAUUAUAAUUUAGGAGGAGCAAAUGCACAUGAAUGUAGAUGGAGCACAGAAAUAAUGCAAACAGUAUUGGCAAUAAUUAGAACCAAACUCAGAAAAGAUGCAUUAGAAGCAUUUGACGCAGAAAUAGCAACCAUAAAUUGUUACUUUAGAUCAAACACAGACGGAACAGGACUAAAAGAUGUAGAAAAUUAUUCAACAAGAAAUAUAAGUUAUUUAUUAGUAGCAGAAGCAUGGCAUGACACUGCAGUGGCAGAAGGACGAAGGAUAAACCCAAAUGUCACAAAUGCAAUAAUACAAAAAGGAUUUAGAGACGUAUUCGAUGAAAAUUUCACUAGAGACUCAAUGCAAUCAUUAAACCAAAAAGAAUUUUUAGCAUUUAACUUCUACAAGAAUUUAGACUGGAAUGAUGACUCAAGAAUGAGAAAACAAAUUAACUAA